GCCAACGAAACGGAAGACACGUAGAGCGAGGAACCCUCCCUUUCCAAGCUGCCCCUCUCUGUCCUGCUCGGUCAUACAGAUCUCCCCGGUAGUCUUUUCCAGUCGUUAAUUUCCAGCUCGAUCGCUGUCACAACCGUUGAUCUUCCCGCCAUCGUAGUGAGUGCUUGGACAUUCACGUCUCCCUCUCUGCAAUUCCUUCAAAAACAGGUUUUCUCAAACCUACAUGUGAUAUUAGAGCUAUGGUGGAGAUUUCUUGGUGAAAAGGCCAAGAUGAAAGGAAGCAUUAUGUGGAGAUUGAGCAUGUGCUUGUGGUGGCUUUGCUAUGUAUCCAUGAUCCUUGUAAACGAUUCAAUCAAAGUUGGUGUACUGAAUUAGUUGCUCCAGUGUUGAAUGGGCUCUCGGGAAGAAAGUGCACCUGCCAAGCCUCCCAAAUCAGCUGCAGCAACUCAGGAGUCACCGACAACACCUUCAUAUCCUGAUUGGGCGAAAUCUAUGCAGGCCUACUAUGGUGCUGGAGCUACUCCACCUCCCUUCCUAACCUCGACUGUUGCUUCGUCUGCAUUCUCACAUCCCUACACAUUGGGCAGCCAGGCCCAGGGAAUGAUAGCGACAACUACAGAAACAGAAAGAAAGCCACCAGAUGCAACAGACAGGGGUUCAGUGAAGAAGUCUAGGGGAGGGAAAUCCGGUGAUGGUGGAAAGACGUCCUCUGGUUCUGCAAAUGAUGGUGCUUCACAGAGUGAUGAAAGUAGAAGUGAGGGCUCAUCAGAUGGAAGUGAUGAGAACAUGAGCCAACAAGAAUCUCCUGCAACUAGGAGAAGAAGCUUCGAUGAGAUGCUUGCAGAUGGAGCAAUUGCACAACAUAAUAAUGCUACUCAAUAUAGCAUUGCGGCUAUUGAAUCCUCUUUCAGUAAUAGGGGGCAGCCUGCCACAAAACUCCCAAUUUCAGCACGAAGGAAGUCUGCAAUUACAGCGCCUGCAACCAAUUUGAGUAUUGGAAUGGAUCACUGGAAUUCAUCUGCUGCUGGACCCGCACCUAUAAAGGCAAGACCUAUUGCUGCCGUUGCCUCACCUGGAGUACUUCCUACUGGAAUGAUCGGACCCGAAGGGUUUAUGCCUGAAAACCAAUGGAUGGAUGAACGUGAACUAAAGAAAUGGAAGAGGAAGCAAUCUAAUCGGGAGUCUGCUAGGAGGUCAAGAUUGCGCAAACAGGCCGAGUGCGAAGAGUUAGCGGCUAGGGUGCAUACAUUGAAUGAAGAGAAUCAGACCCUAAAGAACGAGAUACAACGGCUUUCUGGAGAAUGCGACAAGCUAACAUCCGAAAACGUGACUAUAAAGGAACGGCUGGCCCAAUUGUAUGGACCCGAAGUGGUAUCUAUGCUCGAACUUUUCAUUGACACCAAAUCAUCCCAAUCCGUUGAUGGCGAAGGCAAUGGUCAGGCUCGCAACACAUCCAACGGGAUCAGCUCCUCCGUUCCUGGUCAGGAAAAUGACAUGGCCCACAAUUCAAACGGGAAGCAUGAAUCUGAUUCCUGAUUUGAAUACCAACUGAUACUUGUUUUGAUCUACUAAUUUUAAUCUUAACCAUUGUUUUUUCUUUUUUAUGAGCGGGCCUUUUUUGUCAGUAUAAAUAUUGUAUUAUA